AUGUUAAUUUCACGCUGUGUCGCGCGCCUCGCAGAGACAUUUCCAUCUUCUUUUCGCUCGCAGUUCUCGACGUUAGGCGCUACUUCCCGUCCUUAUCGCACUGCUGCAAUCCAAAAGCUUUCAUUUGACUACAGCAGCCGUCGCAAUGUUGGUCUCAGUGAAAGAAUCGGUAGCCGCCCACAUAGCUCAUCCCACGAGCCACUGAACGCUAAAGAUGAGAAAGCGAGAAAUCUGCAGCGGGAUAUGUUGCAGUUAGACGAAGACUUGGUGUACCAGGCACCCAUGUCACGCGCAGUUCGCCUCAUGAAGGCCGUCUCAAUUACCAGCUGCAGUCUCACAUCCAUUGGUAUGCCAGUGCUUUGUGUGCUUAGCGAGCAGGACACGUCCACGGUCGGCAAGUGGGCCAUGUGCGGUACCAUCAUGUUGUUUGGUCUUGGUACGACUUCGCUCUUCCAUUUUCUCUUCAAGCCGUAUGUAAUGCGAAUGUGGUUGAUCAAGGGAGUGGAUGAAAUUGUUGGCUGCACCGUGAUUGUCGAGACUUUGACGAUUUUUGCUCAAUUAGAGCGCCACUCCUUUCGACUGUCCGACGUAUCGCCACCUACCCAGGCGAUGCAUCCAAUGGUUUCAUUCCAAGCAAAAGGACGUCACUACUUCAUUCACCCAGAAUCUUUUGAUGACCAGAAUUUACUAAACAAACUCGUCAGGUCACGAGCCAAUAAGUGA